AGUUGAUCAAGAGGAGAAGCUCUCGAUCGAGCAGCAGCAACGAUGGUGAGGGCGCUGGGUCUUGCCGCGGCAGAAGGUGUCACCGCCGGUUCCAUGCACUAUACGCCCAGCGGCGUCGUGUGUCUGGCUUUCGCCUUCGUGGCGGCGGUUGCCGUCGUGGCCGUCGCCGUCUUCGGCUGCGCCGGCCACAAGAGCUCCGGCGGGAAGAAGCCUGGACGUGGGCACGGCGGCUCCUACUGGGCCGCUGGAGCGGGCGCAGGCGCAGGCGUCUAUGUUGGAGAGAGCGGUGUUAGCACAGGCGGGGGAGGUGGCGGAGGCUGUGGAGGUGGUGGCGGCGGAGGCUGUGGCGGCGGAGGAGGUGGUGGAGGUUGCUGAGGAAAGACAUCAUCCAAGGGAGCAAGACCCAUGAUAUUGUUUCGAUAAAUUUCACAUUAUUUAAACAUUUGUAAAUAACACUUUCAUUUUUGAAGAUGCUGUAAAAUCGCUCACUUGUUUAAAUAUUCACAUUCACUCAUAUACGGCGCAGUAGCUUUCCUCGCGUGAAGGCAACCAUUUGUGGGCCAA